UUGCGGAACCUAAUCAGCCCGAGGCAGCCCGCAUUACAAAGCGUCUGCAGUCGGAGGAGUGGAUGCGGGUCAAAGCGCAUGGGCGACUCCAGAAACAAGCAGAUAUCGCGGUGCUCUUUGGGAGAAAUAUAUCUCUCCUGGUUCUCUUUUUCUUUUUUACUCUUUUUUUUUUUUUUUUUUUUUUAACCCCAAAACUCUGAGUCGCCUUCGAGUCUACUGAGCGCGCUACACACGCGAAGCAUCCUAAACACGAUCCGGGACCCGGGCGAGGAGUAGAAACUUCGAAAACGCUGGGAAAAAAACUUUUGAGAUCGCACUAUGAUUUGCUUGUUAUGGUCAUCCCUGAUGAGCAGUUGCUUACUUUGUGGCGCCUCGUAAAGUCAGCAACCGUGACGCGCUAUGAAGCCAUCAAGGAGCGACUCUUUUGGCACAGCUCGGUGGAACUACGGGAGCGCUUAUGAAGUCCGACGCUUUUAAGAUCGGUUCUUGGUGGAAAUGGCAAGUCGUGCCUCAAUAAUGGGGCGGGCAGUGACUUUGAUGUGCAGCGUGUUGGUUCUAGUCCUCGGUUUCUGUCUCGGGUCUCCUAACCAUCGGCUGAUCUGCUGGAAAGCCAUCCUCAAGUGUCACGGGGAGCCGGAGUGCCAUUACGCCUACGACCAGUACCGUUAUGCCUGCGCAACUGUCAUCAGCGGGCAUCAAAAGAAGUGCCCCAGCCACUGCAUAUCCUCUCUGAUCCAGCUCAACCUGACCCAGGGCGGCCCGGCUCUGGAGGACUGCGACUGCGCCAUGGACCAGGUGUGCAGGAGCACCAAGCAGGCGAUCGAGCCGUGCCUCCCGCGGACCAGCACCCUGGGCUGCACCGAGGCCCGGCAGCAGUGUGAGAUGGACCCGUCCUGCAAAUCCGCCAUGAGGGAUUAUUUGUUCCACUGCCGGAAACUUUUCGGGGGCCAGAGGUGCACGGAUAGCUGCCGCAGAGUCAUAGCCAACAUGCGCUCCAUACCGAAAGCGCAGCAGCUGGACACUUGCGUGUGCGACGGCACCGAGAGGAACAUAUGCGAGUACAUAAAAGUCAGCAUGAAAGCUUUCUGCUCCGACUCCACGGAGAGGUUCGCGGGGAGCGGGUUUUCGGACUCCGAGGAGGACCCCGAGUACGAUUACAUCGACCCAGGAGAUAAUAAUCCAUACGUGGAAAGCUCGAGUGACUCCCCUCUCAGUCAGGCGGCUCUAAAUGUUCUGACCACCAUUUUGGUUUUAACCAAAUUUAUGUGAAGAGCUGCUGCCUCUAAUGACACUUAAAAGCUCUGUCAUCUUAAUCAAUGUGAAUCAGAAUCCUCUGACAUCUCUGAGAAGCCUCUGUUAAAUUCAUCCCCAACUUAUGCUGCACGUCGACACGAAUUCAUUUAAAACGGGCCGAUUUUAAGUAUAUUUAUAUCUCACGGCAAAAGCCUGCAGUUAUGGAUAUAGAAAGUUACUAGUUACAUCCAAAAUGUAAACCUUUAUGACCGUGGAGCCGACCUUUUGUAAGCCAGCUGCAUACAUGUAAAAAUUUAAAGUAGAUUUGUACAAAGUUAUUUUUCCGUCAAACAUGUGUGUAUGAGUGAAAAGAGAUUUGCACUGUGUGAAAAGAUGAGCCCCGCUCGUGUGCUGCACUGCAAAAAGAAGGAAAUCUUAAAAGUGCCUAAAAGUUUAAUCUGAUCACAUGACAGGCAGCCGGCGUUUACCCCCUCAGCCCCCUCCGCCACAAACCAAAGAGGUGGAAUAAGCCUCUAAAACGUGUCUUAAUCCCAGAUCAUGCAUCUGCAAAAAAAAAAGAAGCUCUUAGGAGCUGAUACACUUGACCCUGUAAACGUGGAUGUUUGCAUUAACUCCUGAAUCCUGUUCAAACAGACCAGAGGAAGGUGAACUCCUCCUCCUCCUCCUCCUCCUCCUCCUCCUCUUCUCGGGGGAUUUGCAGCACAAAUGGAGCCGAGGAGUUGGUUUGUUUAUCUUCACCCCAUGUGUUUGUUAGAAGCCCUUAUAAUGAUUUAAAGAAAAAAAAAUACAUGUCUGUGUUUCGGGUGAGCGGGGGACAUGAAGUGUGAACGCAGAACUCUGAAUGUACAUGCACAUUAAAUAAAUACACAUUUUUAAAAUGA